AGUGGAUUGUCUGACAAACACGCCCUCAGACAAAGUGAAGAAAACUGCUGAACACAUGUCACCAGAUACUAAAGGAUCCAACCAGUUAAUGUGGCAGCAAAUUGUUUAAACUGAAGACAAUAAAGGGAUGGAAGGACAAAACGGAACGAUCAUGCCUCACAAGACAACAGAGAAUGGAAUUAAAGGGAAGCCGCCGUACUCAGUGGAAACUCCCUACGGUUUUCGACUUGACCUGGACUUCCUCAAGUACGUAGACGACAUAGAAAAAGGAAACACGAUCAAAAGAGUCCCCAUCCAGCGCCGAAGCAAAGGCCCCAGAGCCAGCACUCUCCCCAGGCACCUCAACCCCUCUGGGUGUGGCUACCGCCCGAGUCCCUGGGGAUCUACUGGGGCUCUUGGCCCCAGGUCCCGACCAACAGAUGCCCAUCACCAUGGCUACACCUCCUGGGCAAAUGAUCACAGGUCCCAACUAUCUCCCACGGGACUCAGAUCCCUGGCAGAGAUGGAGGCCAGAAUCAAAGAGUUUGACGAGCAACCUCUUGGUGAGCACAUCAGACCUCACCUCCUGAGAGCCUCCAGCCUGCCACUCACCGUUUUACUGAGACAAGGAUCAGAGUCCACAGAAGACCCCGGCAGCCUCCGGAGUUCGAGGGAUCACCUCGGAGGGAGGAACACCUCCUGCGAAGACGUCUUCUACUCAUCGGACAGCCCUCGACCUCAGGACUCCUCAGGGCUGAUAAAGCGCCUGACAGAGGCCCUCGAACGUGUCGGGGAGCUGGAGGAGGAGGUGAGGGUGAUUCCAGAGCUCAGGGCGCAUAUCUGCAUCCUCCAGGAGGAGAGAGAAAGGCUCCGCCUGGGCCUGAAUCCACAUCACCCACCCCUGUCAAUGAAUGGAACCACAGACCCUCACAGUUCGUCCCACUACAGCACAGUCGACGUCAAAAGGCCUCGUCACGAAAGUCACGUCAUGUUUCCUAGAAAUCACAGUCAAGAGGACUCUAAUCCCACACAUGAGUGGAGGACUAGUACAGAUCUGGAUGAGCUGCUGACGGUGACAUCGCUGCAGGCUAAAGUAGCUGUGCUGGAGCAGAAGCUGCACGAGACAGGCCUGGAGCUGCAGAGGGCCUUAGGGCUGCUGAGGGAGCAGCAGGAGGAGAGCAGAAGGAAAGAUGAGAAGAUGGAGCACCUUAUCAGGAACCCUGCGAUGUGGGUCCGUGCAGAGAGGGUGGUGGUAGACCAGGAUGGAGACGAGACAGUGGUGAGAUCCAUCGAACCUUAUAAUAAAGUGUCAAGAAGUACAGAUGCAAGAACUGUUACCACAAACGGACAAAGCCAACAAAACCAGCUAGUGGAACCAGGAGAUGUUUCAGAUGAAACAGCGGUGGUUGUCCACCACAUAAAGAAGAUCAAGAGGCUCCUGGAUGAGCAGUGGGAGUGUGUGUGUGGGUCAGGAGAGGAGGGUAAACUUCUGCAGCACCCAGACCCCAAAGUCAACUCCCUGCAGCAGGAGAUGAUAGGACUCGUCGACGUCCUUACCUCCUACUACGCCCAGCAUGGACACAGUGAUGGAGAGAGGAUUCAACAUGGAGCCUCUAAAUCCAUCAUGAGGACAGAUGGAUGCGCCCGGAUGUCAAAAAGCCUACACUCUGUGGGUGUUAAUGAAGGAUGCAAAAGUGGCAAUGCGGCCGGGCCGGCCUGUGUGAAUCAGCGUGGGCAGAAGGAGAGCAGCAGCAGCCCUGCAGACAUGGCUGCUGCCCAGGUGGACGCAGACCCAGAGAAGAGACGGACGGAGGGAGCGAGGCAAACGAGCCCAGACGGACAGAUGAUAUCGGGAGGAGCAGGAGCAAGGCGGACAGAUGGAAACGAAGCGUCUGUGGAAGCCGAGAAGAAGGCCAAAACGAAAGCACAGCCCCCGGGGGAACAGAUGGAGGGCAACGUUGGCUCAGAAAGCACCGCCGGGGGCAGAGAAACAGUGGGUGCAGAUUUUCUGGCUGCUUGUCAGUUCCUCAAAGAUCACAUGGACAACAUGGACAACCCCAAUGACGACAUGAGGAAGGCCCUGGUGGUGUUGUUUCAGCACUGGUUCAGUGCAGCAGCAGAGGAGGCGUCUGUGGCCAGCAGGGUGGCGUUGUACCUGAGGGAGGUGAAGAAGGCCACGCCCUCGCUGCUCGCCUUCUUGAUCAACCUGGCCGACGACAACGGCAACACGGUGCUGCAUUACAGCGUCUCCCACUGCAACUACAGCAUCGUCAGCCUGCUACUGGACACAGGUGUGAAUGAUGUGAAGCUUCAGAACAAUGCCGGCUACACAGCAGUGAUGCUGGCCUCACUGACAGCUCCUGAUGGUCCCGGUGGUAUGGAGGUGGUCCGCAAGCUGAUGGAGCUGGGAAACAUUAACAUUCAGUCCACACAGACGGGCCAGACGGCUCUUCACUUGGCUGUGAGACACGGACGGGUUGUGAUGGUCCGCCUGCUGCUGAGCUGUGGAGCCGACACCAACCUCCAGGACCAGCAGGGGACCACGGCCCUGAUGUUCGCCUCCGAGAGGGGCCACACACACAUCGCACGGCUGCUGCUGGAGCGGAGCCAGUGUGAUCUCACCCUGACUAACAAGCGUGGUCAAACUGCUCUCUCUAUCGCCAUGCAAGGCUCCCACACUGACACCGCCGCCCUCCUGCAGGCCCACGCUAAAGCUCGAGCUCUGUAGUGGGAAACUGGAAGAGAAUCUGCGGAUAUAUGAUCCUCUCACAUUUAGCUCUUUUCUGUCUGAUGCACUUUGAAACCCAAUUCAGUGUUGUGUGUUUGGGUUGAGCUGUUGCUGUCAUAUUGUUUCUAAAUUUUGGACAAUCUGCGCAAGUAUGAUCUUAGGUUUUUUGUUUUUGGACGGGAUGUCAGUGAGAUCUAGCUUAGAUGUGUCAGUAAACAAUACAUGCGUUUUAUUUCUAUUGUCUUUACUGUUGAUGUCAAGACAUCACAGUUAUGUCUGAUCUUUGCACAUCCAAGUAAAAGCUUAGCUUUGCAAACUAUGCAAUUAAAAAUAUUUAUUAUGACAUGUUUAUUGUAUGGGUCAUGUUGACAAUUAUCAAAAGGACGGUGUGGUUUUGCGUUUUUAGAAAAUGACAGAUUGAUAUUUGCAUCCUUGCAGCACCUUUUAAAUAAAAUGUGUGUAAAAUAUAGCAACAUAAAUACAUGCUGCAUGUAAGAAAGACAUAUUUUGGUGCUAAUAAACCAACCUGAUGAUUUCACUCACGAGUAUAAGCUGCCUGUUUUUAAUAAAAU